AUGUCUCUCCCCGCACUCAUUAGCGGGGCUGAUUGUGGUCCCGGGAACCCCUUGCAAGGGCUAUCGAAGCAGUUUGACAGAGAUCGGAGCAUUCAACAAGAUCACUUUGCGAGCAGCAGUCGAGCAGGACCAUCUAGACAGACGUUCCGAACCCAACAUACUGAAUCAUCGCAAUCUGCAGCUCUCGCACAUGAUGCUAACCAGUUUUUCUCGCGGCAAACGACCAUACCGUCUGCAAUGUCCACACCUUUCGAUUUAUCAUCUUUAAGUCAUGCACUACCCAAUGAAAUCUCAAGUUCCGGUUCUGUGCCGCAUUUUAGACCCCAAGGUGCCCGUACACCUGUACCAGCAUGGGCGUUAGAUUUUACGACGAGCCCGACGUCAUCUACGCCAAUCCACCAAUCCGGUGAGUUCAGACUUACAAAAAGCAUGGGUCCUGGAUUGAUCUCGAAUGAAGCUUGGAAAGCUGAGUUUGGGACAGCGUUUGAACAGACUGGUCCAUCAUCCGCUGGAUUAAACCAAGCAGAUCAAGUGGCACACGCUCUGCCUCCAUUGGCAAGAAUGGGUAUGCAACCACAUUCCCCACUUCUACAACAACAAACACACACAACGGAAACCGACUGGGCGACGCAUUUUGCUAGCAUAGAAGAGGAAACCCUUCCGGCUCCAAUUCAUGCACCGGCGGAGUCCCAAGCUCAAGCUACAAUUGAUGAUUCCCAACAAGCUGCUGUUGAGGCAGAUGACCUCGCAGGCGUUGCUGGCCUCUUGAUUGAUUCGAUGAAGAACGAAACAAAUCCUAGAUUCAAACAGAGUCAAUUCAUGGGCCUUAUGCAUCGAAUACGCGGACGAGAAGUUAUCGUUGAAGGAAACGACAUGGUCGAGAAGGACACCCGCACUUCGUACCUAGCCGUGGCGUCAAACGACAAAGGCAAAGGGAGAGGGAUUCAAGAAGGUAGUCCUGUCCUCGUCGGCUCUGCACCCCCGCUCCACGCUUAUGCUCCGACAACGCUUACCCAACCGCAACAUUACAGCUCCCCAAUGAAUGAGUACGAUACGAAGAAUCCGUUAGGUGAAUACUAUCGUAUGGCCAUGCAACUUGAUCAGCGUCGUCAUCAGCAUGUAGAUUCAUUAUCUCAAGAAUCCAUCUCGCUAAGCAAGGAAGAGCCUGAAUCACCAGUCAUGUUAGGCAGAGAUUAUCUGCUACGCGACCAAUCUACAAAUGGAUCUCAUAUUAUGGAAGAGUGGGGGAGGCUGCAGGCCAGUUGGGAUGAAUUGGACACGACAGCUUCGGGACUGGUGUACAAUGGUGAACAGCAACUGUCGGGAAGUGAAGAUCAGACGAAGUACGUCUUCCAGACGACCAAUCCGUAUUUGCAGACAACGAGAAAUCAUAUGAUGCACACGGGUCAGGAGCUACCACACCAGAGUGUCCUUCAAACUGAGGCAGCCGUACAACAAGAACCACACAAUGCGGAACGCUGGUUUGAGCUGGGCGUCAAGCAACAAGAAAAUGAACGUGAAGAACAAGCCAUCCAAGCACUCCACCAAGCUGUUCACAUAGAUCCAAAACAUCUUCCAUCAUUGCUCGCACUAGCCGUUUCGCACACGAAUGAGAAUGAUCGUGAAGCCUCCCUUGAUGCGAUUCAGCAUUGGAUCGAUGCAAAUGAUGCAUAUGCCGAGGUGGUUAGCGGGUGGAGGAAAUUGAAUGAUUUGUCAAUUGAGAAGAAUGCGGGUAGCGGUAGGGGAUCAUUGAAGGAGAGGCAGAAAGAACUCUUGGAGUGUUUGAUGAUGAUGGCGAGGAUGUCCCCUGAUGGUCAAAUCGAUCCUGAUGUGCAGAUUGCGUUGGGUGUAUUGCUGAAUACGAGCGAGGAAUACUCAAAGGCACAGGAUUGUUUCCAAGCCGCGCUUACCGUACGGCCCAACGAUUGGCUAUUAUACAAUAGGGUCGGUGCUACCCUUGCCAAUAGCGGACGCCCUGCUGAGGCUGUAGGAUAUUACUUCCGAGCCCUGGAACUGAAUCCAUCUUACAUCCGAGCAAGGCAGCUGAGGAAUAAUUGCUCGUCUCCAUUUAAUAGAUUCAACCUCGGCAUUUCUUGCAUCAAUCUAAGGAUGUUUGAUGAAGCAGCCCGGCAUAUUCUAGACGCAUUGGUUCUCCAGGAACAAGACGAUUCUCCGGAAAAGGGGGUUGAGCAUGGGCUCCCAAAUUCGACGCUGUGGGAAUCUCUUCAAACAGCAUGUAUCCACCUCCAACGGAAUGAUCUUAUUGAGCUUUGUGAACGCAAGGACCUUAACGGUACUAGACUUUAUCCGUGUACCCCGUACCUAAUACUGAUGGUAACCGUUUUCUUCAACAGGCUUCCGUGA